AAAAAAAAGUUUCUGUUUGUAUCAAUGUUCUGUGCUGGCAGGGCCAAGUUUGAAUGACUCUUCAUAUCCAAUCCCGAGAUGCAAAAAUUCUGUCAGAAGGCCACAAAUGGCCCCUGAGCCUCACUUUUGAACACCCCUUAUAUAUCUAGGUAGUUAAUUAACCAUGUGAUGCCACAAGGGGGCGACACCACUUAGUGUUAUUUACGUUUACUAUGUUUAUAUGUCACUGUCUACACGAAGAUAUAAUCAACUAAAGACGUACAGCGAGUCUUACAUCCUGCGCGCGCUCCCUCAGUUUUGCCACGUCACACAUUUUCCAACAUAACCUGUUGAAUGUCAUACUCUACUUUCCUCACUGUUUGAUGGUGUGAGCGCGUUGUUGUUGUUGAUUGAAUCGGGAUUAAAAUGAAGCGUGGAAAAGAGCGCGCGCGCGCGCGGCCUCGUUCGCUCGGUCCCCCCCCCCCCCCCUGUUAUUUCUGGUUUGAUCUUUAAACCUCACCCACCUCAGGGAGCAGGGACUCAUCCUACCGAGCUGCUCAAACCGCACGAGGAGCCCGUCGAAAUCAAGUCAUCACGAGAGAGAGAGGAGGGGGGGAAAUCUCUGCAAAACUUUAUGGCUCAAACUCCACGGACAAAGUGAUUUUUACGGGGCUGAUUUAAAUGCUCUCGCGGCGGUUGUUGUAGUGGGUUUUAUUCUCGGGAGAAAUUGCACUCCGGAAAAACAAACAAAAAGUCGAGAUGUUUGAUGUGAAAUGGCUCGCCGCGUGCGCUCUGGCGUUGAGUGCGGUCACCCACGGCGUUGAGGUGGCUGGGCGGAAUGGACAGGAAUUUCUGGAGAACAUUUUACACUUUUAUGGUGAGAAUAAAUCAAUUACGACAGCGAAGCUCGAAGAUAUGCUGCUGUUGAUCUCAGCCAGAAGGUCUGAAUCAAUAAGUGAAGGAAAUCCCCUGGAAAGCAAAGAGUGUCCCUCAGCGGAGCAGAUUUUGUCCCACUUUGACUUCGGUAACGUCACUGAGCUGACCGUGGAACACCUGGGGCGAAUCUGUCCUGCUGUGUUGACCCAGGUGCUGCUGCCCUCAUGCCCCUACGUCGACCCGAUAACGGUGCCCUCCGUCAACUACUCUGUGUGGGGUUAUGGAUUUCUGGCUGUUACCAUCAUCAACCUGGCGUCCCUUCUUGGUCUGCUGCUGAUCCCCUUCACCAAGAAACCUUAUUUCCCCCAAGUGUUGACUUACUUUAUAGGUCUGGCCAUCGGGACUCUCUUUUCCAAUGCUGUGCUUCAGCUCAUACCAGAGGCUCUGGGUUUUGAUCCUAAAGCGGAUAACUACGUGGCAAAGGCAGUUGGCAUAUUUGGAGGAUUUUACCUUUUAUUUUUUGUGGAAAAAAUACUGAAAAUGUUCUUCGGGAUUGGCCAUGAGCACGGCCACAGCCACUUCACUCCCGCAGACAUGCCUCAGGAAAACAGCGUCCAGAACGGAGACGCUUGGGUGAAAGGCGACUCUGUGGUUUUGACCAACGUCGCCACCAUUUCCACGGAUAAGAACAGUCUGGCCGUCGAGCCCCAACAGGACGCCCAGGUGUCUGAAGUGAUGUGUCACUGGCUGCGCGGGAAGCGCAUCACCAGCAUCAAGACGGUGGCCUGGAUGAUAUCUCUGAGCGACGCUGUGCACAACUUCAUCGACGGUCUGGUCAUCGGCGCGUCGUUCACUGUAUCCGUUCUGGCGGGGUUCAGCACAUCCACCGCCAUCGUUUGCGAGGAGUUUCCCCAUGAGCUGGGCGACUUUGUUAUCCUGCUGAAUGCUGGAAUGAGCGUCCCGCAGGCCGUUUUCUUCAACCUGCUGUCUGCAAUGUCCUGUUAUGUCGGCCUCGUGUUCGGCAUCCUGCUUGGAAACAGCUUUGCCCCGAAUCCUAUCUUUGCCAUCGCGGGAGGAAUGUUCCUGUAUAUUGCACUAGCAGACAUGUUUCCAGAAAUGGACAGUAUAGCAAAGGAACAACAAAAAACUUCCAGCAAGAUCGUCUUCUUUCUGAUCCAGAACGCCGGGCUGCUCACCGGCUUCGCCAUCAUUCUGCUGAUCACCAUGUUUGCUGGGAACAUAAACCUGGGAUAGGAGAGGAAAACAAACAUCCUCACACUGCGCCUUUUUUUUUUGUUUGUUUCUGCUCACACACAGGUUGGACUGAGUGUGAACGUAAAAUGAAUGUACAGACUAAACCAAGUGUUGAAUGGUUCAAACGUGAACUUUUAUACCUUUUUUUUUGGACUAUCAAGCUAGUGAAAUGUUUUCUCCAAAAAAAGGGAAUUUUUAUACAAUCAACAUGUAAAAAAAAAAAAAAUCAAGAACAUUUAUCUUAAAGAAACAAUAAAUUAUUUUUAGUCUUCAAAUGUGAAAUGGUUUCCAUUCACCUAAAGUGUGUUGUGUACAAUUUAAUAAAAACUGAUGAUUUCUAGCUUUGCUACAUACAGUUUUUUAAACUCUAUUCUGAAACAACUUCUGCGCUACUGUUUGAGUUUUGUUUUCUUGCUCCCACAAACUUUCAAAGGCAUAUUUUGUUUAUUCCUAUGCACAUUAAUAUAUUGAUUUUUUUGGGACUCUUGAAAAUGAUCAAAGUGUACAUAAACAUAGACUUUUCUAUAUAAAAUAAAUAGUUUGUUAUCGUUGAUGAAUUGUUUAUGCACACAGUAUACGCUCUCUUCAGUACUAAAAAUCAUGGAACUGAAAUUAAAAAUAUCUUCUAAUCAAA